AGACUAACGAUAGGCUGGCUCACAUGCUCGGAUAGGGGACGAGAUUGUCUGCGUCGUACAGAAGGCAAGGUCUCUCGGUGUGCAGGUCGGCAACCAGGCUGCUACACAAAAAGUAAAGCGUGGAGACAUACGGCAUGCCUUGGUCGUACGGACACGGAAGGAGAUGAAGCGAGCAGAUGGACGGUAUAUACGCUUUGACGACAAUGCCUGUGUUCUCAUCAAUAACAAGGGCGAGCCCAUUGGGUCGCGUAUCCUUGGCGUUAUUGGCGCUGAGCUGCGGGACAAGAAGUACAGCAAGAUCUUGUCUUUGGCCCAGCGGGUCGUAUGAGAUGCUUUCAUCCUAUUCUGGCUAUUCCGAGGGCUGUCUCUUCAUAGCAUAGCGUCAAAUGAUUUGUGUUGCUCAAUCCACACCUCUUCCUACAUGUCCUUCAUACUGGACCGAGUGCCCGAAGACCUACGGGCUCCAUUCAUCGUCGCACUCUGCUUCGUCUGCUUCUACCUCAACAGUGUCUAUGCCGUGCGCAACACAACCAAUACGCCUACGGGCAAGCGCUUCCUGCUUGUGAUUGCGCAUCCGGACGACGAGUGCAUGUUCUUUAGUCCAACGCUGCUCAAUCUGACUUCCCACGGCAAUGCUGUGCAUGUCUUGUGUCUGAGUAAUGGAGACGCAGACAAGCUUGGCAAGCUUCGAGAGCACGAGCUCAUCUCCAGCUGCACAUCUCUCGGUGUGCAGGCUGCACAUGUCAGUUGCAUCGACACACCCGACUUGCAAGAUAGCAUGACGGCAGUCUGGGCUCCCGAGAAGGUUGCACACCAUCUCAAGCUAUAUCUAGAUGGCCAGCAAGCAUUCCAUGCACUUAUUACCUUUGAUGCUGGAGGUGUCUCGGGUCAUCCCAAUCAUGCCUCCAUCCUGCCAGGUAUCGAGCAGCUCUUGAAUCCCGUUGCUACAAGCAUGCCAUUGGCAAAGUCUACAAACCGAAAGCCCAAGGCUAAAGCGGCACAGAUGCAGCUACAAGGCCCAGCUCCAGAAAUCUGGGUCUUGUUGACAACCAAUAUCCUACGCAAGUAUAUCGCCAUUCUCGAUGCAUUCUGCUCCCUCACGCUCAUUACUUGGCGUGUUGCACGUUCGCCGGGCAAAGGUCCCGAGAAGCGCCGGAACUGGAUGACGUUCAUAAGCUUGCCACACCAAGUCUUUCGUGGGCAGCGCGCCAUGAUCUUCGGGCACCCUUCGCAAAUGAGAUGGUUCCGUUGGGGUUGGGUCACGCUGAGCAGGUACAUGUACAUCAACGAGCUGCAUCGUCAGAUGUAAUCACUGCCACUGGAGGUUCAGAAAUUCAACAAAACGUUCUUGCAGUUGCGCCGUCUCACUCGUGCCGAGCCUACCCUGCAACGUCGAGAAUUGACGCUUCAGCCGUUGAAGUUGAGCCAACGUCACCUGUUGCGUGGGCAAGCCCAAGGGCAACCCAGCAACUUGCACUUGGCCACCAGCACCCAUGCGUUGAGCGUCGACAAUAGCUGCAAUGACUGCUUGCGUGGCGCGAUCCAAUUCAUACAAGUAAUCACCUUCACUUGCCUGCUUCAUCACAGUCGAAGCAUUUGGCCGCGCUGUUUUGGCUAAGACAAGGGCUUUCCAUAUAUCCUCUAUCGGUGCUGCAGCAUCGUCUGUGAGCAUUGUGAAGCAUGGCGAGUCCCAUCGUGUCAUUGGAUUGGGCUCUUCAUAGCGAAAGAUGAGCUCAUCCAUGACUUGUGCAGUGUAGCCUGUGCCUUGCUCUUGCUGACGAGCUUCAUUGUAG